AUGGCGACCGGGUACCGCCGCGUGCGGCCGCGGAUGCAGGCCAGCGACAUGCGCGGGAAUCGCGUCGUGCAAACGAACGCCUUUGACCGCGAUGAACUGCCGCUGCUUGGCAAGAAUGCAGGGAAGGUGCUGUUUGCGCAUCCAGCAUACCCGAUUCCAGUCACGGCCAUGCCCACCGCCUACGACUGGGCCUGCGGAAUCUGUGGGUUCUACCAGAAGCCUCCGGAUGCCGUCCAAGAUGACAAUGACGAGCGCUACGUUGCGAGGCGCGGGCUGUUUCAGUCGGCGCUCACCGCCAUCCCGAACAACUUCAACGUGUGCUCAAGCUGCCUCAAGGCCAAAUGCAACCCAUGGCAGGCACAGCGCGACGCGUUUACACAGGGCAGCCCCAUCCGCUUCUUCGGCCUCAAGUGCCUCGGACGACUGCCCGUCACCGACACCUGGCCAGCACACGACGAUCAGGAGGCGCUGCUUGAGGUGCUGGAUGACGCGAUGCGAAACCGCGAUCUCCGCCGGCGAAGUGGACCGCACAAGUUCAUCGCCAUGUCCCUGUCACACCUCGACGUUGGCGACGAUCCCGACUUCUUCAAGCUCGACCAGCACAACCCGCGCACAGACGAGUCCACCAAGCGUUAUCCCAUCACAGACGCAUACAGCCUCACAUUCGUCGACGACAACCCGAACUUCUAUGUGUUGCUUGUGGUGCGCGAAGGGUCGCACGCGGUGUGUCAUGUCUUCCUGCUCCCCACCGCCGAGCUCGCUGUGCACAUUGUCGAGACCUUCGAUAACGCUAUCCAACACCUCUACACAGAGGCCGUGUUGGCAUCACUGGAGGACAACAUUGCUGCUGGAAUUGAGGGCCGGCUCACCAUUGAGGAACAGAUGCAGCGGCGGCGGGCUGAGGAGGCGCAACGUGUUCGCGCGGCGAAACGACGAGCGGAGAGGGAGAGACGCGAGGAGCAGCAACGCAUACGCCAACAGCAGCAGCAGCAGCAGCUUAUGCAGCAGCAGAGGGAGGUGGCGGAGUUGAGGCACAGGACAAUGAGCGAUGACGAAGCUAAUGACACUUAUGAUGAGGGUGAUGGUGGUGGCAUGGGUGGUGUUGAUCAUGUGCAGCUGCGGCGACGGAUAUCGCGACGACGGCCCAAGACGCCAACGAGUCCCGACCGCGCGCGCACCCGCCCCAGCCAGGCACUCAUGGAUACGCAAGGUGGCGCAUCGCGGGCGCGACUGUCCGUCUUUGGGCUCUUUGGUGAAGAGCAAGAGCCGCCUCCUGCCCCACGCUACAACCCGGCGCAACGCGCGUCCUUCAUGAAAGUAAACGCGUUUAGCGAGGGCGAUCGGCGCCAGACACGCCCCCUCCGUGGGAUGAGCGUCAGCACAGAUGACGACGGUGACGCAACUGCCGCGCGAACGCUUGACAUGACCGCAUCAUCACCGCCGCCGCCGCCGCCACCACCGUCAGUGCCAGCGCCGUUGGCGCCCGGUGGUGGCAUGACGGGUGCACAGCAGGGGGCGAGUGGCUCUUCGCCAAAGGAGCAACGACGCAAAGAGAGGGAGGCGACUGCGAGCGGCGAGGUGAAGCAGUACAUGCAGUCCCUGCAGCCCGUCUUCACCACCACAGAGAUGGCGAAAUUCGUGAAGCUCCUUCGCACAUACCGAUCAACGCGCGACUUUGCUGACUUCACGCGGCAGCUGCUGGAUCUCUUUGGCCCUUCGAGAUACCACCACCUUCCAGGGCUGCGCGCGUUCUUGAAACCGAGCGACCGUCCGGAAUAUGAGGCCUUCCUCCGCGAACACGAUAUCGCCGUCAACUAG